AUGAGGCGAUGGCUGGCGGGACCGGAGAGCCAUAAAUCAUCGGCAGCAUCCCGAUGGAAAAGCACGUUCGGCCGCGGCUGGGCUGAGAAGACGGAGGUUUUGAGCGAAGAUCUCCUGCAGGUGGAGAAGCGCCUGGAGCUGGUGAAGCAGGUCUCCCACAGCACCCACAAGAAGCUGACGGCAUGUCUGCAGGGCCAGCAGGGCGUGGACGCCGACAAGCGCUCGAAGAAGCUGCCGCUGACGACACUGGCGCAGUGCUUGAUGGAGGGAUCAGCUGUGCUGGGUGACGACUCCCUGCUGGGGAAGAUGCUGCGGCUGUGCGGGGAGGCGGAGGACAAACUGGCUCAGGAGCUCAUCCACUUCGAGCUGCAGGUGGAGAGGGACGUCAUCGAGCCCCUCUUCGUGCUGGCCGAGGUGGAAAUCCCGAAUAUCCAAAAACAGAGGAAGCACUUGGCAAAGCUCGUGCUGGACAUGGACUCCUCCAGGACGCGGUGGCAGCAAUCGGUGAAGUCCUCGGGUCUGACCAGCAACCUGCAGCCCUCGGGCGCCAAAGCCGACGCUCUCAGGGAGGAGAUGGAGGAGGCGGCCAACAGAGUGGAGAUUUGCAGGGACCAGCUCUCAGCUGACAUGUACAAUUUUGUGGCCAAAGAAGUAGACUAUGCAAACUAUUUUCAAACCCUGAUCGAGGUGCAGGCGGAGUACCAUCGGAAAUCCUUAGCGCUUUUGCAGAAUGUCCUGCCUCAAAUUAAAGCCCAGCAGGAGGCGUGGAUGGAGAAGCCCUCCUACGGGAAGCCCUUGGAGGAGCACCUGGCCGUCAGCGGGCGGGAGAUCGCCUUCCCCGUGGAGGCGUGCGUGACGAUGCUGCUGGAGUGCGGCAUGCAGGAGGAGGGUCUCUUCCGAGUGGCUCCCUCGGCCUCCAAGCUGAAGAAGCUCAAGGCCGCCCUGGACUGCUGCGUGGUGGACGUGCAGGAGUACUCGGCCGAUCCGCACGCCAUCGCAGGAGCCCUCAAGUCCUACCUGCGAGAGCUGCCGGAGCCCCUCAUGACGUUCGAGCUGUACGAGGAGUGGAUCCAGGCCUCCAACAUCCCGGAGCAGGAGAAGCGGCUGCAGGCUCUCUGGAGCGCCUGCGAAAAGCUGCCCAAAGCCAACUACAACAACAUCAGGUACCUGAUUAAAUUCCUGGCCAAGCUAACCGAGUACCAGGACACGAAUAAAAUGACGCCGAGCAACGUGGCCAUCGUGCUGGGACCCAACCUCCUCUGGCCGCAGGCAGAUGGGAACAUGACGGAGAUGAUGACGACCGUCUCGCUGCAGAUCGUGGGCAUCAUCGAGCCGCUCAUCCAGCACGCCGACUGGUUCUUCCCCGGAGACAUCGAGUUCAACGUGACGGGCAACUACGGCAGCCCCAUGCACGUCAACCACAACGCCAACUACAGCUCCAUGCCCUCCCCGGACAUGGACCACACGGACCGCCGGCAGCACGACCAGGCGCGGCGGCCCCUCAGCGUGGCCACGGACAACAUGAUGCUGGAGUUUUACAAGAAGGAUGGCCUUAGGAAAAUCCAAAGCAUGGGCGUCAGGGUGAUGGACACCUCAUGGGUGGCUCGUCGAGGCACCUCGGGGGUGCGCAAGGCGUCCUCCACCCCGCCGGCUGCUCAGCCCCCCGCGCCGCCCACCGACCUCCCCACCACGCCCCACUCGCCCAUUCCCGAGCAAUCGCCGGAUAUUUCAGCUACCCCUUCCCCGCUUCCCACCAGCUUCGGCUUCCCCCCAGGAGCCGAGCGGACAAGGUAA